UGCUUGUUGCAAGUUGUCAAGUAUUCUUCUGUACAUCAAUUUGACUUAUUUAGACGCGAGUUUGUUAAACGAAUUAUUUGUGUUUUAAUAUAUUUACGUUUGUUACUACGUUUUAUAAUGAGUGAGAGCGAAAGUACUCGAUCAAAAUCUGCCUCUCGCUCGGCUGAUGUGGAUACUGUGUCGUCUGAUGACAGUCCACUGGUACCAGACCGUUGGUCGAACAACAUAUCGUACCGUCAACUAGUGAUGUCCUCCUGCAUCGGCAUCACGCAAGUGUGGUGGCACCCUUACAUCCACGACCUGUCGCGACUGCUGCCCUUCAUAUUCCUCUACAACGUCUUCAGCAUGUUCGUCGGUUACCCCAUGUUUUACCUGGAGCUGGCAAUGGGAGUUGUCACGAAGAAGAGCCUAUUGAAUUGUUGGGAUCUUGCGCCUAUGGCUAGAGGAGUCGGCGUGGCCAUGCUACUAAGCUCUGUUUUCUGCGUGUUCACACUGAGCGUGAUUUGCGCGUGGUCGCUUGCGAUGUUGGUGCAUUCGUUCCACUCGUUCUUGCCGUGGUUACACUGUGCGGCGAAGGCGUCACCGCCAUGCGCGGCCAGACAUCGGCAACUAUCGCCUGGAAGUGAAACACCCGCUCAAUCUUUCUUCUUUAAUUUCGUUCUGGAUUUGAAGAGAUCAGGUUUGGAGGGCGGGCUGGGCAACGUGGUCUGGGAGCUGUCCUGCUACUACGUCGUCAGCUGGUUCUUAAUUUACUGCAUCGCUGUCAAACGCAUCUACAGUUAUUCGAAGAUAGUGCUAUUCAAAGACGUGCUGUCAUAUUUGACACUGAUUACCUUCUCCCUGGGCGUGAUGCGACUGGACGGGGCAUCCAAGAUGUUCCAUGAUUGUGACUGGGGCGCGCUGCUCAGAGGAACCACGAUAUGGCGGGAGGCAGUGGAAUUUUCUCUCAUCCAAAUGACAGUGACCCAAGGUUCCCUGGUCAUGUUGGGGGCGUAUUGUCCCAAACAGCAACACAAACUGGGCACCACAUCACUGCUGGCUUUCGUCGUCUCCAAGACCAGUUGUAUGGCAAGUGCGCUCAUACUUGGCGCAACGCACGGCGCCCUGUAUACUGAUUAUGGCAAUAGCACUAAUAUUAUGAGAGGAGCGGGGGCCUCAAUGAUCCUGUGGUCUGACUACGUUGCCCGCAUCCCUGGCAGCCAAUUCUGGUCUGCUCUGCUCUUCUUCACCAUAUUCGUUUUGUCGCUGUCCAGUUGUGCCCUGCUAGUGCAGACGAUGAUAUCGUCAUUCUCGGGCCGCUCCAUCCAGAAGAUCACCUGGGUGUUCCUCAUCGUUAUCUGUAUGUUGUCCUGUUUGCUCGGCGUUAUGACCUUGUGCACACAGGGUGGUUUAUACAUCGUGAACUUCCUAAUGGAGUGGCCGGUCACACGACCGCGCGUGGCGGUGGCUGCGGCUGUCGGCUUCGUGAUCACCUUCGUCUACGGCCAAACCACCUUCUGUGAGGACGUCUAUUUCGCUGUCGGGGAAUACCCCAGCGUCUUCAUGAGAGUCUGCUGGGCCAUAUUUCCGCCUAUUAUGAUGUUGAUGUUCCUGACCGGCACGGGCCUGUGGCCAGCGCCGGGCACUCUGGCGGGCUGGUUCCUGGUGAUCAAGACGAUAAUGCCCAUAAUCUUCAUCAUGCUCUUCUAUCUUGUCUUCAAAAUCAGAGUCCGGAAUAUUGUACGUGACGAAAAGUGAUAUUCCAGUGAUAUAAUACCUUCAGGAAGGAUAUCUCCCGGAAUAAGAAAAUAUUGUUUUUCAUAAUAUUGUAUUGUUCAUGAUGAAAAUAGAAUAAUGUUAUUAUUAUUAAAUCUGCUUAUUAAAUUUAUCAAUACAUUAGACCAGUUUUAUUUCAACGAGCCUGACAGAGCAGAAAUGAAAAUUAAUAUCAGAAUGACACCAUAUUUUAUUCACAAAAUUUUCAUAACACCAAUUUGUUACCAAAAUAAAGGAUUAUUUUGUAAUAUUAGUCAUACACACAUUAUCCACAUAACAACUUAGGAAGCUGAUUAUAAUAGGCAAUACACAUUACGAUAAUUCUGCAUUUUUAUAUAUUUUUCGUCUUUUUUUAUUUGUAUUGUAAUUGUCUAUUACAACCAACGGGAGUAUUUUUUACACAUUUUAAAAUCAAAUAGUUUCAAAAAACAAAAUACAUAAGUUAUCUUUCAUUGGGGAAAACACUCCACAUUAAUACAGCCUUGGAUCUUAUCACUAAAAUUAACUGAAACUUAAAUAAUGAACCUCUCAUAUAAAAAUAAUGAUAAAAUUAAUGUUACUACAUACACCAUUAAACCUAAGUAGAUAGACCGCCAACAUAUUCAUUUUUUCCUGUUACCAUAUUUCUUACAGUCUAUUGCACAUUUAUUUCGGAAUCUAAAAGCAUGCAAGAACAGUAUUUGACACUUCCAGAGUUUGGAACGGUAACGUGAGAUGUAUCUUUGAUAAAUCUAUAAAAUAUUAAUUGCACCAAGGUAUGCUUGGGGACUAGAUGCGACUUUAUGAUUGUUCAUAUUACGCACACUCAUGGCGGCGCAGGGAUAUGGGGUCAAAAACUAUUGGUUUAAUAUUAUGUAUUGCUAGCUUCAAUAUCACGCAUUGAUAAUUUUUUUAUUGGCCUCGCCUCAUAAUAGCACCAGUCAUUUGUCGAAAAUUGUAUGCCUUCCGACUCAUUUCACCGAAUUUUAGCAAAUACCACUCAAGUCUUAGUCGUUUUUGGGAUUUUAGACUAGUGUGGACUGAUGUGUGUAAUCUAACAUAAAUUCUACAGUUCGACACGCAAGUUUUGGAUCUCAAGUGUACUACGUGAAGAAGCAUACAAACACGUUUGUAACAUCCAAGACUCAUUUUGUGCAACUACAUGAAGAGAGCGGUUCUUGCACAGACAUUUAAAUUACAAUUCUUUAAAAUAUAUCUUAGUUUAAACUAGGAUUAAGCUCUCAUUAUAUUCAACUCCAGCGUUUUUCACAAAACUGAUUUUGAUUCGAUUUAUAAUCUAAUAUUUAUUUAUAAAUUGCGCAUAUUAAUCUAAAAGCGCGAAACAUUUAAAUACUGUUUAUUGUUAUGGUUUGCCAUGAUUUCUUUAUGGUUUAGAUAAAUUAUUGUUAUGCAUUAAAUAUUUAAUUAGGCCGGUCACACAAGACUCCGUAAGGCGUGCGCUUUAUUUUUGUAUAGAACGCGUGUAAAAGCGUUGAAAACAAAAAAGCGCACGUGUUCCACAGGCGGUGUACACUGGCCUAAGAGCAUGCACAUAGGUAAUCGACUAAUUAACUAAUAGAUUGACCGACACCGGUAGUUUAAUAUUUCCUAAUUUAAAGUCAACACACUGCUGCUGCUGUUUAGAAUGUAGAAGCCUGCGUAACACUAAGAUCUCUCACUUCGCAUUUGGCUUUAUAAAGAUGACGAGUUUCGCUUUAAGACAAAAAAAAAACAAAGUACAAAUAAUCUACCAAGACGU